AUGGCCACUGUCACUACUGGAACCUAUCUAGGCGAGCCUGCCUCAGCCUCAAUGGCAGAGAUCGGCGUCUGCGCUGAGGUCUCGCCUUUGCCUGCAGGCUUCCCGGCCAAGUUUGAGCGCCCUCUGGCAUGGAACGGUCUCGAGAUCAAGCAGGAAGACUACGCUUGUGUCCUCACUGCCUCUGAUCUCGUCGAGAUCAAUGCAGCUAUCGAAUACUUCAAGUCUCUUGAGCUCGAUGGCUCCUGUGUCUCGCGUGACACAUUCCCGUUGCCCCAGUUGGGCUUGAAGCUUGACAAGCUCGGUCUGGACCUUUACCAGGGCAAGGGCUUCUGCCUCGUUCGAGGCAUCAAGCCCGAGGCCUACUCUGUCGAGGAUCUGACCUUGGUCUACCUGGGCGUCAACUCUUACAUCGGCGGCCAGCAUGGUCGUCAGGAUGGACGUGGCAAUAUGCUUGUUCACAUUGUUGCCGAUAACUCUUCUUCGACUCAAGCUGAGCAUCACCGCCACUCUAAUAAGUCAAUUUCUUUCCACAAUGAGGAAUCCGGCGAUAUUGUCGGAUGGCUCACACGAAACACGGCAGCCAAGGGUGGCAAGUGCAUUAUUGCUUCUGCAUACACAGUCUACAAUGUCCUGGCCGAGACACGACCUGAUCUUAUUCGCAUUCUUGCUAGAUCUGAUUGGCCCUUUGCCUUGCCACGUUUCCACUGCCGCCCUGUCAUUUUCCAUCGCGAUUCCAACCUUGUCAUGAACUUCGGUCGAACCCCUCUGCUGGGUAACACGGCUCACCCGCGGCCCGAGACCUUGCCAUCUCUCUCUGAGCGUCAGAUCGAGGCCCUCGAUGCCAUUGAGGCGAUUGCCCAGGCAACCCAAUUGGAGAUCACCACCCAAACUGGCGAUAUGCACUUUAUCAACAACCUCGCCGUUCUCCACCGCCGCGAGGCAUUCGUCGACGGCGACCAAGCCAAGCGUCACCUGGUUCGCGUUCGUCUUCGCAGCCCCGAGCUUGGCUGGGAACUCCCUGAGGAGCUUCAGAAGGAAUGGGAUACUGCCUUCUCCGAGGAGGGGAACCAGACCUGGCAUCUGGAGCCCAUGCCUUCAGGCUACUUCCCUCUCCGCAUGUACCCCAACUGA